UUUCACUUUUCUAGCUUACUGUGGUUUGAUUUCAAAAAUAUUUUAAAAAAUAUCAUGGAUCUGUACGAUGAAAUUUAUGAAAUCAAAAACGGUCGUGAGGUCGACGAUAGCCCGCCACCGGAUUUGGACGUUUCGAGUUCGUUGCAGUUCAUAAACCAGGAAGAGAUUGAAGAGGAGCCGAAGGUGGAAAAGGGUCAAAUUGAGCCGAUUCAGAAAAUUGAAGAGAAUGUUGCUAAACCUUCAAAAGGGAAAGAUAUGCUAAUCAAAAGGGAAAGUCUGCAAAAGCAGGAAUCGCUAUCUGAUAGCAGCAUUAGCGGUUCCGAUGAUGAGAAGGAAAUGCCAAAAAACCUUGUCGAGGAGAAAGAGUUUAAUCCGAAAUUUUAUGACAACAUUGAGGCUCCAAGUGAGGUGAAAGACCUGUUUCAGUAUAUUACUAGGUUUUCUCCGCAACGAGUGACCAUCGAUUACAAGUUGAAAAUAUUCGUACCGGAUUUUAUUCCGUCGGUUGGCGAUAUCGACGCCUUUCUUAAAAUAUGUUCGCCACCGUUCAUAAAUGAGAACAACAAGAAGAUACUGACCGAGCAGAUUAAAAAGCUGGGUUUGGAGACAUUGGACGAGCCAUGUGGGGAGCAGAGUGAUCGUGUUCUACUGCAGAUGAAAAUGAGAUCAAUUUUCACCAAGCCACUGGAGACGCCAUCGGCAAUUGCUAAAAGCACAAAGGACAUUGACCGUUGGAUCACGGAAAUACAAUCACUCAAGGCAAAUCAAUCGGCUCAAAAUGUGAACGCACUCAAAUCAAUGAUCAAUAUUGAUAAUUUGAUGUCGGAGUGGCCUGAGGAGGUGGAGAAGCUGCUGGACACGUUCGGAUUCCCUUCGGCUAAUCUAGAUUGUUCGUUGAUAAAGUACAUUGAGAUAGUUUGCAACAUUUUCGACAUACCGGUUAAUCGGAACAAUGGUCAGGCAGGUUACAUACAAGCGUUGUACAAUUUGUUCAAUCUUUAUUUGGCGGUGAAACAACAAGGUAACGUGUGAAUUGUGUUUGAAUUCGUCUAAAUUAUAUAUUCUACUAAGCACA